CACACACACACACACACACACACACACACACAGAGAGAGAGAAAACAAUAUUGAUUGUCCAACGACCAACUUAACAUUUCUGUACUGUGCAUUGUGUUUGUUGUUUAUUUGUCACUUCCCAUGGUGCCGUACUACUUCCUGCACAGCUCGCCAGCCCUGCUGACCCCAUGAGAAGAUUAACAGCUGACCUCCCUGUGUGAGCAGAGGGAGGUGAGGGGGGAGUGUGGGACGGCCCCCUCUGGUCCGCAGCUGGACAGCAGGCAUCCUGCCAGUUCGCCUUGACAUCACUGGGAGAGAAACCACAGCACCAGCUUUACCACAAAAAAGCCAUCCCGCUUGUAUUUAUUUUUGAUAGCUGCUUGUUAUCUCUCCGGUGGAAGAUGAUCCCAAACUGAGAACAACUACUGGCAUCUCUAUUCAGGAACAAGAAAUCAACUUUCUGGGCCUUCAGUAGCUCAACUGCCACACAGAGCACAGGAAUCUACAGUAGUCUCGCUGAUGGCUUUCACCAUGAUGUGCAGCAGGGUGACAUUACACGAGCCCCAUAACAGUGACUACAGGAGUCCUACGAGAAUUGACCCCCGCAGGAACUCAAUUCCACCAGCACAGACUCUCACAGCCAAACACCUCCCUAGACCACCCCCAGAAUCAACACGCUUCACCCCAUAUCCAAAGAGGGUUGCAGCAAAAAUCAACAUGGAUUUGACAAUGCUCCACUCCACAAGAGUCUCUCUCAUCCCCAGCUCAAAUAACAACAAUGACAACUUCCCAGUUCUCUCACCCCAGCCAUCCCCCUCUGCAUCCCCCCAGCCACAGCCCCAGAGCCCAGGGCCCCAUCAGGUUGUUGCAGGAUUGAUCAGCCAGGAGGUAGACACCUGCCAGUACAUCAUCCCCACUGAGGAGCCAGAGGAGCCAGCCACUUCUCACCGCGGACGCCACCUCAAGCGUUUCAGCUCCAGGUGGUACUCAGGCGCUCCCUUUGGUGGCCCCUUUGGUAGCACCCGUAGCUCCGCCCAUGGCACAAGUGGUGAGAACAAGCCCCACAAGCUACGCUGCAAACUCCUAGGUGACGAGAGGCCAAGUUAUGGCACAGCCAACAAGCAGCGUCAGCGCUACGUCACUAAAGACGGGAAGUGUCAGGUCAACCUGGGCCCUAUCGAGGACAAGAGCCGUUUCCUCUUGGACAUCUUCACCACUCUGGUGGACUUGAAGUACCGUUGGUUCCUCUUUGUCUUUACCAUGUGCUACGUUGUCACGUGGGUGGCCUUUGCCGAGAUCUACUUCCUAGAUGCCUGGCUGCGGGAUGACGUGGCCCACGUCCACGACCCUCAAUGGCAGCCGUGCUUCGAGAAUGUGGACAGUUUCAUCUCCGCCCUGCUUCUGUCGGUGGAGAGCCAGAGGACCAUUGGCUAUGGCUCUAGAUUGGUGACGGCCAACUGCAUGGAGGGUGUGGUUCUCCUCAUGGCCCAGUCUAUCAUUGGCUCCAUCAUCGAUGCCCUCAUGGUUGGCUGCAUGUUCGUCAAGAUCUCCCGGCCUCAGAAAAGGGCCCAGACUCUGAUCUUCAGCAAGCACUGUGUCAUAUCGGAGCGCGACGAGAAACUCUGCCUCCUCUUCCGCAUCGGAGACCUGAGGGCGAGUCACAUGGUGGACGCCAAGAUACGAGCCAAGUUGAUCAAGUCCAGACAGACCAAGGAAGGGGAGUUCAUACCACUGGAGCAGUCAGAGAUCAACCUGGGCUACGAUACCGGAGGAGACAGGCUCCUGUUGGUCGAGCCACAGACCAUCACCCAUGUAAUCAAUGAGAGCAGCCCCUUCUGGGAAAUAGGGGCUGAGCGUCUGACAAGGGAGAGAUUUGAGAUCAUCAUCAUUCUGGAGGGAAUCGUGGAGGCGUCAGGUAUGAUAUGCCAAGCCAGAACCUCCUACACUGAGGACGAGAUUCUAUGGGGCCACCGAUUUGAAUCCUGCAUGUCUCUGGAAAAGGGGUCUUACCGGGUAGACCGUGGUGCAUUUGACAAAACCUUCACAGUACAAACCCCCACCAUUAGUGCUAAAGAGAAGAGUGAUGAAAAAGAAGAGGUCCUCUUUUAGAUAAUAGGACUGUACUAUUCACACUGAGCAAACAGCCCUUGUAUUAAUAUAAUUUAAAGGCCAAGACUUCUUGUGAAUGCCCUUAGUUCCCUCCCCUCCCUGAGACAAACUUUCCUGUUGUCUCUAAUAUUGUGGACAAACAUUAUUCAAAAGAGUAAGACUUAUACAUUAGCAUGAUAAUCUACACCCUCAACCAGAAUUUGAACUGUGUUGACAGGGACAGCAUUCAUGUGGGUGAUUUACACAGAAGUUAGUGUAGUAAUGAGUAUGCAGCCAUGACUCCAUGCUUUGUUAGAUUACAAUACUGUUUGUGUCUGUGUGUCUAGUUUAUAGUUCAUAAUGGAUAGUUGUAGUUCAUUAUGGAUACAUUUGUUAACUGCUACCUCCCAAAUCAUAGAAAUAUGGAACCAAUCAUUAUAGGUGUUGAAACUGCUUCCCUCUUGUUUUUGUCAGGAUUUUUGUUGUUUUGAAAGGUUAAAUCUGUAGCCUGUUUUGAAUCACAAUGUCACAUGUAUUUCAUAGUGAUUGUGAAUUCAUGAUGAUGUAGUGAUAAGGCCAUAAUGAUUCAAAAUGUGAUACAUUUGAAUGUCAGUGUUGUUCAGCUGUUAUAUUUACUCUGUCCUGAUGUAAAUGUAUAACACAUAUCAGUCCUCUACAGUGCCUUGAAAAGUGUCCUCCACCAGAGUUUUCUAAUAUGGUUGCCUUUUGACAUAUUAAACUUUGAUUCUUUUUUUCUGAGAA